UAGAUGUGAGAUUGUGAGUAGGUGGGGUGUGGUAUUUUGCUGAAAUUUUCUUGAUUUGUUGAUAAAGAUUUGAUUUUUAAGUGAUUUCUUUGCUAUCCACACAAUUUGUUUUUAUGGGGUUGGGUGGAUGUGAGUAGGUGGGGUGUGAUGUUUUGCUGUCAUGAAGGAAUACUUCUCUCAGAUUUGAACUUUUUCUUUUUGAUAACUGUGGUGUCCGAGUCAGCUUUUGUGCACCUCGGCUAAAUCCAGGGAGAUUUCUCUCAAUUAACUCUGUCCGACAAGGCUAGGAUAGCGGUGGUGUACGGGUUAGCUUUCGUGCACCUCGGCUAAAUCCAGGAGACUAUCAGCUAACUCUAUCCAACAAGGCUAAGACAAAGAUCGGUUAACUUAUAGAUCCGGUGAUUUAUUACGAUGGUUGAGAAUUGGAAGUGUUGAAUGUGGCAAGAGUAUGGCUGUUGCUGGCUUGCAUAAUGUUUCUGCAUUUGGUUCUUCUUUAUUUAUAGAGUCUCAGUCGUCAGCAUCGAGGCAGCGGAGUGAACAUGACAGGCCGAGAACCCGGGCUUCAUCUAUUCUGCAAAUGUGGAGGGAGCUUGAGGGUGAGCAUGCGGUGAGUAAUUCCUAUGCCCCUACAGAAGAUAGGCUGGGACCACAGAGGAAUGAUCGUGUCAAUGAGGACCAGAAUCAAAGCCAUAUCGAGUUGGAUAAUUACUUUGAUGAUGGACGCAGUGUUAGCUCAGAUCUAUCAAGCGAUCUUGGUGAGGUUGAACGCGAAAGAGUGAGGCAGCUUAUUCAGGAGUGGAUGCACACUGGUGCAAAGGGUCAUUCACAAUCAUUGAAUGUCUCAAAUGCUAACAACUGUUCUAAGGUACAGUUGUUAGGGGAAAACGAACGAGCAAGGGUGAGAAUCAUAAAGGAGUGGGUGCGAACGAAUAUUCAUCGGAGUGGCACAAGUUCUCCUAGAGAUGAAGUUGCUCCUGAAAUUGGUUCUCAAUUUGAACAAGUGCGUGAUGGGUUGUCGGUCAAUCAUUCACAACAUGGAAAGAGAAAGGCCUUGCGUAGACUCUGUGGUCGACAAGCUCUUGUUGAUUUACUGAUGAGAUCUCAGAGGGAAAGGGAAAAAGAACUUCAGGGAUUGUUGGAUUGUAAGCCUGUAUCAGACUUUGCCUAUCGCAACCGGAUUCAGUCAUUACUCCGGGGAAGGUUUCUGCGAAAUGAUAACUUGAGCAGUGAUGAACGAACUGCUUCAAAUGCAGCAAGCGAACUGGGCUUACUGAGGCAACGGCAUACUGUGUCUGAUUUAAGGGAAGAAAUUUUGUCCAGAUUGGACGAUAAUGUGCGUGGUUCUACUAGUAAUAUGCUGCCGUCCUCUCCAAAGGAUGUCCGUCAGCCAUCUCAAUCAAAUAGUGAACAAGAGGUAAUAGAUGAAUGCUAUGAUCAAUCGGAACUUGUUAAUGAAGAGAGAGAGAUCAACGGAUCUCAUGUGGUGACAAACUCAGCAAGCUCUAUCUGUGAGCAUGUGAAUCAUCAAUAUAACAUGGACGAAGUAGCUGAAACUUCAGAGCAAGUUGGAGAAAAUGAGGAUCAAGAGCAAUACACGUCAAAUUUGGAGUCGUCUUGUAGUUUACCUGAAAGACAAAAUAACGGGAAUAGUGACUUGGCGGAAAAUGCUGGUGAAGGAUGGUUGCUGGAAGCUACGGCUAUUGAAGGCAGUCAGCAAGGUGGUCAUUUGUUAGAAAACCAUGCAACGUUCAAUGAAAAUGAUGCAAUGCGAAGUGAGGCAAGCGAUUCUCAAGAGGUGGUAGAGGCUUAUUUUCGUGAUUUGGAUAGAAAUAUCUUUGAAGAUUAUGACUGGGAAGGUUCAUCAGCUCAGGCAGAAGAGCUACAAGAAUUUAUCGCUGAGCGUGAACAGAGUGAUUUGGAGCAAGCAGAACAGCCAGAGGAAUUUGUAGCAGAACAUGACGAAAGUGAGUCACAGAAUAUGUAUGAUGAUCAGAAUGAAUGGGUAUAUGAUGCCACAGAAAACAUGGUCGGAGAUUCGCAGGAAGGGACUCCUAAUCAAUCUUAUCCAGAAAGUUUGGAUGGUGGCAUUGAAGAACAAAACCAUGCACAAGAUCCACAUGAUGAGUGGCAUGAAGAGGCAAUUGAUGACUGGUUUGACACGCCUUCCGGUCAGGAUGAUGGGUCCAUUGGAAGGGUUGAUACAUUUUAUAUACCGGAUGAUGACAAUGUUUACAGCAUUGAACUUCGAGAACUGCUAAGCAGGAGGCGUGUUUCUAAUCUGCUCCGUAGCAGUUUCCGUGAGAGUCUAAACCAGCUAAUACAAUCUUACGUUGAAAGGCAAGGUCAUGCUUCUUUUGAUUGGGAUAUGGAUGGAACGUCCUCAUACCCCUCUGAUGCAGAGCAGGAGCAGCAGCAGGAGAACGUUAAUCCAGAUGGGCCUCAGAUAAAUAUUGAGGGAAAUCCCUUUACUGCGACUCCACCUCAAGAGACACAUUCUCAGCCACACUGGAAUCGGGAACCUGAGCAUCAGAAUUUACCUCGCCAACAUCCACAUCAGCGCAUGGGAGAAUCAGAGUGGGAUAUCAUCAACGAACUGAAGAUUGACAUGGCUGUGCUUCAUCAGCGGAUGAACGAUAUGCAAAGGAUGCUUCAAACAUGCAUGGAAAUGCAAGUUGAGCUGCAGAGGUCGGUUCGUCAAGAAGUUUCUGCAGCCUUAAAUCGAUCUGCUGGUUCAACAGAUGUGGAUGUUUGCGCGAAUGCUUUGCUGAACGAUGAACCCAAAUGGGAUAAAGUGAGAAAAGGAAUAUGUUGCUUAUGUUGUAAAAACAAUAUCGAUUCGUUAUUGUACAGGUGUGGCCACAUGUGCACAUGUACAAAAUGUGCAGAAAAAUUGGUCGACGAAAAAGCAAAGUGCCCGAUGUGCCUGGCACCAGUAGUCGAGGUUAUCCGAGCUUUCUCUAUACAGUAACUGAUAUAAUUUGGUAGAAAAUAGUAGACGAUAAAUAUCAGAGAGACAAGAUAAAUAAUUCAAAUAAAGAUUUAUUUGGCACCUGCAGUCCUUGCUCCUUUAGUUUAGAUUUGCACGUCUGAUUUAUUAUCGUGAACAGAAUAAGCGGGUGAAACUUAUCCUUUAUCCAAAAUUUCCUUCGUCUAUAUCGGUGUGUUGACAUAUUGGUUGCUGCCUGACAUAGCUAACAGGAAAGUCAGUUUUUUGUGAUGGCUUUUGUUAUGUAUUAAUGAAGUUAUUCGACUAUCCGAGUUGGGAAGGCUGUUUAUGUCACACCUUUUUGGGGGUGCGGUCCUUUUCCAGACCCUAUGUGAACGUGAGAGUGAUCAGCACGUGUGUGGUUGCCUAGAAAGAGCUUUCACUAUCUCCGAGAAGGGAAGGCUGUUUACGUCAGACCUUUUUGGGGGUGUGGUCCUUUUCCAGACCCUACAUGAACGUGAGAUACUUUGUGCGUCGAGCUGCACUUUUUCAUACUUCAAGAUGGGACAUGGAUCUUGAAAUGCCUUCCAUCAUAUAAAUCAUUUUGUUCCUUAAUUUAUGACCUAAGUGAGAUGGUAUACAAUUAUUCAUUCUUUUUUGUUCAUCUUUUAACAAAGAUGGGAAACUAAUGAUGUAAAGUUUAAUAUAUAUUAUUAUUUAUAUACAUUAACUCAUUGAAAUGAAUGAUUAUCUUAUUUUCUA